GCGAGCGAGCGGGAGUCAAAUUUUUUGCCGGCCAUGAUGACUCGACCGACCGUAGUGGAGGCUUGUUAUUAUAUGCAUGAUUUCCUGCAUCUUUAAGAACGCCUCCUCCAGACAGUCUUCACAGUACCCUCCAAUCUUGCCUUGCCGCACACAGUACACCUUGACCAACUCGUGUUACGGUCCCUGCAUCCACCUCCGAAACUAUGAGAUCACAAGCAAGGGAUAUCGUCCCGCCAAAUGGCCGAGACCGCGUAUCACGGAGCAUGUCGAGCAACAGGGGCGGACUGUCGACGUCGCCCUCCCUGUCUAUGCACUCUCCUGCUGCCACCUUUUCUCAGCUUAGGAGGAUGUCGACCGCGUUGAAACAGCUCAAGCCGUUCAACUCAAAGGAGAUUAAGAUUCUGUUGCUCGAAAAUGUGAACGUUUCUGGACGGGAGAUCCUGGAGAAGGAGGGUUACCAGGUUGAAGCAUUGAAAAGCUCGCUACCGGAGGACCAAUUGAUCGAGAAGAUUCGUGACGUUCAUGUCAUUGGUAUCCGCUCCAAGACAAAACUCACCGAACGCGUCCUCAGAGAAGCAAAGAAUCUAUACGUCAUUGGUUGCUUCUGUAUCGGCACCAACCAAGUCGACUUGAAGUUUGCUGCCCAAGCAGGAAUCGCCGUCUUCAACUCUCCCUUCAGCAACUCACGCAGUGUCGCAGAGCUUGUCAUUGCGGAGAUUAUCGCUCUUGCUCGACAGCUUGGUGAUCGCUCUAACGAGCUUCACCAGGGCACAUGGAACAAAGUCAGUGCUGGUUGCUGGGAAAUAAGAGGCAAAACCCUGGGAAUAGUCGGAUACGGGCAUAUUGGUAGCCAGCUCUCAGUGCUGUCGGAAGCAUUUGGCAUGUCCGUAAUCUACUACGAUGUGCAGAAUCUAAUGGCCUUGGGAACGGCUCGUCAAGUUGGCAGUCUGGAGGAGCUUCUAAGACAAGCCGACUUCGUCACGCUCCAUGUCCCGGAGCUCCCAGAAACCAAGAAUUUGAUCGGUGCCGAGCAGCUGGCGCAGAUGAAGACAGGGAGCUAUCUCAUCAACAAUGCGCGUGGCAGUGUUGUUGAUAUCCCCGCUCUCAUUGAAGCUAUGCGGAGCAACAAGAUUGCUGGAGCAGCGCUUGAUGUAUUCCCGAAUGAGCCCGGUGGCAAUGGCGACUAUUUCAACAACGAGCUCAAUGCGUGGGCGGAGGACCUUCGGAGUUUGAAAAACAUUAUACUAACACCGCAUAUCGGUGGUAGCACAGAGGAGGCGCAAAGCGCGAUCGGUAUCGAAGUCAGCAGCGCUCUGACUCACUUUAUCAACCAAGGCACAACGCUGGGCGCUGUCAACAUGCCGGAGGUAAACUUGCGGUCUUUGACCUUGGAUGAGCCGAACCACGUGCGCGUGAUCUACAUCCAUCAUAAUGUUCCCGGUGUGCUGCGGAAAGUCAAUGCCAUUCUUGGAGACCAUAACGUCGACAAGCAAAUGACCGACAGCAGAGGAGAAGUCGCGUAUCUCAUGGCAGAUAUCCGAGACGUGAAGGAGGAUCAGAUUAGAGAUCUAUGGGCGGAACUAGAAGGUCUUUCUUCGUGUAUUCGCACUCGGGUGCUCUAUUGAGAUAGCCAUAUAUGCUUGGAGAAGAGGAUGUUAUAAAAGUUCAACUCUGGGAUUGAAAAAAGUAUUUUGUAAAGCACAGCAGCCCCGAAUAGUCUUCAACAUGGCGUUGGAUCUGAUGGCGUUCAUGGGCGCAAAGUAGAGUUCAGCCAGCAUAUAGUAGUUGCAUAUAUCUUUUCAAGAAACAAUACCUGUAGGCAGGAAUAGGCUAGACGUAUCCGGCCAAAUAAAAAGAAUCAGUUAACGUCCGAGG